AUGUGCAAGUAUUUAGAAAUCACAUUGCAAGUACCUAAAAUAAGUACUCGAGUACAAGUACCACAUCACUGCGUUAUAAAGGGUAAUUAUCCGAAAGAAAGCUCAAUAACUGUGAGAAAACAAGAAGCUGCAGGACCGUGUGAACUUGUGACGUGCGUAUUCGAGGAUGGCAUCGAUUCAGUCAUUUAUCAAGCCAACGAUUUUGGAGAGCUGCUACUUUUUGAUUCAUCUCAUCCUCACAAUGACUCCAUACUGCUUAAAAAAAUCAGAAUUCAUGAAGGGAAAAUAACGUCAAUGAUCCAGCUCGGUAAGAAUUUGUUCACUUCUUCAUUGGAUCAGAAGAUAAAAGUCUGGAGCCUGCCACAUUUCAAGCAGUGCUUCUACUGCCAAGCGAGAAAUUUUUCAAAACCAAAAAAGGAUUUGAAGUCUUUUUCUCCAUUACACAGUGGUUUGUUCGCGAUGAUGCAGGGAGCGUUUGAGUAUUGCUGGAAUCAGAAAAAGUUGGCAACUAGGAAAAAGACCCUGUCGUUAGUUGAUGGCUACAAGGUGCAACCAUUGAAAAAAUUGUUGAUACUGGUGUUAGAAAUUGCGGUGGAUGAAUUAAAAUCUUUAUUUCCAAACGAUCCAGACGACAUCUUAAGUUCUGAAUGGUUGCACUUAAAGUCUUAUUUAGCCAAAUUAAAUCGAAAUUCAGUUCCAAAUAAUUCAGCCGAUUCAUGUCAGUGGAUGAAAGAGAAUGGGUUGCAGACCAUAUAUCAAAAGUAG